CCGGCGGGGGCUCUUUUACUACAACUGGAGCUGCGAAGCUGCAACAGGAAGAAGGAGCAGGCAACAGCGCCCACGGAAACGAGAAAGAUCGACCGAAAUCUCCCUCCAUCCCGCGCCCGGCUGCGGCCCGGCGUGCGCGGUCUGGGGAGCGUCAACGCCAGCGGCGCAGCCGCAGCCGCGGCGGAGGACAACAUCAGCCGAUCGAUCGGGAUCGCGAUCGCCAGCGCGAGCGCGAACGCCGCAGCAGGGAUAGAAGAGACGGUCGCGGCGAGGACGUAGUGCAGAGGCCGCGCCUUGCAGAAAGGGAACGGGAGCGAGAGCGAGACCGGGCUGUGGGUGGAACUACAUCUUCGAGGGGAGAUCACGUACGCGGCGGUGACUCGUCCAAGGUUGAGGAUAUCCGAGACCGCGAGCGGCAGCGGGACCGAGAGCGCGAUAACACCCGAAAUGCGACCACUGUAGAUGCUGAUCGGCCGCGCGGGUCGCGACGGGAGCGGUCUGGCCGUCGCGAUGAUGGCCGACGCGACGAUGGCCGACGCGACGAAGGGACCACGAGGGCCGCCAGGGAAGAUCCUAAAGGUGGAGCAACCACGACGAAAAGGGAUACUAGGGACCACCGAACUAGAACACACACGACCACGCGAGACAGCAAAAAGAACCCGAAAACUACAGAAGAGAGCAUGAUCAGACUGUACGAAUUUGACACCAGCAGCAGCGAGGCGGAGGAAAUUGCGAACCAGGCGAAGCAAAAACGCCGGGCAGCUGCGGGAGAGGCUUAUGUCAACAAAGGCCCGACGAGAGCGAGAGGCGGCAACCACGCGCCGUCUCCUGCGAAGAUGAAGAAGAAGGAAGAUAAGGACAAUACUACUACCGCCUCCCACAAACAAGUCGUCGAGCAGGAGAAGUUCGCGUUUGUGAUGCGGCCGAAGGAGCAGUUCGCGGGCCAAGUGGACGUCGAAGACGCGUAUCUGGAGCAAACUAUCGACUUGGAGAAGCUGCAGCAAGAAUUCAAAAAAGCUGAAGAACAGCAGACGAAGAAAACCAAAACGAAGUCGAGUAACAAAAAUCUUCCUGCCGAAGCCAACGAAGAUGAUCUUCAGUUACUCGGAUCUCUCUACGACCAAGUGCACCUGGGAGACGUGCGGAACUUCGUCGCCUACGGUUUUCGGAACCAACUACUCAACGGCCUCUGGGUGCGACAGGUCCGGAAAACGCGACCUCUGGCCAGCAGUGGUGAUAGCAGUCCGCACGGAGGAGCCUCCUCUUCGACGAGAGAUGUGAAGACCACGGGAAUGAAUAAGACUACUCUCCUCAGUGGUGCUAGCCCGACGAAUAAUUCCCCGAGAGUAGAGCAACAGACAGCAGUAACGACGGGGGUGAAAAAUGAAAAAGAAAAUGAAAAUGGAAAAAUAUCGAAUCCGGCCGCAACUUCUACAACCGCAACGGCAACGACGACUGCAAUCGACGAGGAGCAUUUCCUGGACGCGAGGAAGACUUACUACGUGAAGGUGUUUGUGAAAGACAACAAGGUGGUGGACUACUUCGAGCAAAAGUUGAAGUACAGUAGCGGAAAUGGUGGCGGACCUUCUGGCGGGGGAAUCGGGAACAGUGCGGCUGGUGCCGGAGUUGGAAGGACCACUGCGGGUGAGUAUGACCCACAGCAAAUUUAUUUUUCCCGUACACGUACAAAUUAGAAUUAGGCGGCCUCUGCACGACAUCAAGGCAUCAAAAGCUUUCCUUCAAGAAUCCACCUACUCAGCAUUACAUACAAGCGGCGUGCUGUGAAUAGUUCUUGGCGAAAGUAUUUGUCAUGCGUUUCGUACGUCGUGCACGGGAAAUUUGUAUUGCAUAGUUGGGAUCUUCAUCACCUGAUAAAAGACGAGCGCGACUUCCACCAGUCUUCAUUGAUGAACAACCUUACCGCCCAAGACAUCAACGUGGGUGGCGCCGCAACGAUUGCGAAAAUCCAACUGAUUGCGGUCUACGAUGAGGACUUUUGUAUGCGGAUUUACGCGUGUCGGAAGAUGUACGGCAAGCCGAAGAAGGAAAACGAGGACUACGUCAAACUCUUGGACUGGUUUCACACCAAAUUCGCCAACAAAAGUCGCAAGUCCGUGGAUCAUAACGCGGGUUCCGCGGCGGGCGCCGCUGACAUGGACAUCGACGACGCAGCGGGGACCGCUACAUCAACCAAGAAGAAGCGCAACAGCGAAGCCGAAGAUGAAGAGAAACGACGGACGAGUCUGAACAGCUUAGCUUCCGACGAGGAGGGGGACUAUUUGCACCGAGGCGGGAAGUUUGAGUUUUUGUUCGAAGAAAAGCAACUGGUCGCGUUUUUGCCGAACAAAAAGUCGCCGCUUUUCGCGAAGAAAAUGACCACCAUGCUAGAACUGUUUCAGAAGGAGAAGGAGCUGCUGCUGAAAGAGCUGAAAAUGGUGCAACGAAGGAACGACACAACUCCAGCUGUACAAGGACCACGCGUCGAGGACGACGACACCGCUGCCCUCGUCAAGCGGCUGGAAAACCAGCAAAAGUUGAAUUUUCUGCGCCAGUUCUGUUUCCACGAGCACUGUGCGGACGGGACGGCGAAUUUGGAUGCCGCGUACUGCUUUCUCGCCAACAAGGGCGAGUUUCGGGAGAAUGACUUUUUUGAAAAUUCGAAACUGUUGCUGUCCUGGUUGUCGCGCGAAGAGAACGGGAAGAAGUCGUGCGCGUUGUUUUGCGACCGGUAUUUGGCAAACCCGCUCGCGAGUCUGCUGGAUGUUUCGUAUAUUAACGACGAGGAGGAGGGGGAAGAAGAAGACGAGGAACACGACCAGCAGACGUCGAAUAAAGGGGGCAAAAAUAAAUCUUCCCCCAGGAAGGGACGGGAGAGCAGAGGUGAUCCUGCGAAGGACGACCCGCGGCCCCGGGGCGAUAGUCGCGGUGGCGGCAAGAGCGCCAGAAACCGGGACAGUCGGGCGGGUGCUUCUAGAGACGUAGAUGCGGCGGGGGCUCGUGGAGGUGAUAGCAAAAACGAGAACAAGCUGGGCACCGCCGGCUUCCUCCUCGCGGAUCAGAAGAAUAAAGCGAAGAAGUUUAUGGAAAUUCUACCGGUGUCCGAGUACGAUGCUGCGUACGUGAAGGAGAUGGAUAGUUUGUGCAAGCAGAAAACCGACAAAACCUGGGAGCUGCGGGAGGUCUUCGCGCGGCAGCAAGACGAAACGGAAAGCGACAUUCCAGAAGAGGAUGAGAUCACGGACGAGGAUUUGCGUAGGAGUUCAAAGUUGGCGGAUGAUAAUCACGCACCAGCAGCAGCACCGCUCGCAGCACGGGGUGCUGUGCAGGGUUUAGUCACGCCCACAGCCGCGAUGAACAAGGUGUGAAGUUAGAUCAGUGUUACUGUAGCAGCCGAAGCUGAAGGUCAAGUUCUAGUCGUGUUCUUUGGGAGCUAGAGCUUUCUAACCUCUAUAGCCUUCUCGGCGAGGUAGAUUUUCUCGAAAGUAUAGGGUGAAUGGAAAAAAAAAAGCAAAAUUCUCUGGAACUGCACUGUAUUUUUCGAGUUUUGGCACAACAAGCUUUUGUUUUUGAUCAUCAAGGCGGGGAGAGGAGCGUGUUUAGGUCCAUAAUUCUCGCACCCAUCUUUAGCGACUUCAUGCUUCGAAAGAAGUUUCCGCGGAUGAAAGAGAGAAGAUUACGACAGUCAGAAGUUGUUGUAGGUCCG